AUGAACCAUUUCUCAACUGCUUUAGUAGGCGGUGCUUGCAGUGGAAUGGCUGUCGACUUGAUGUUUUUCCCAUUAGACACUAUCAAGACACGUCUACAAUCUCCUCAGGGCUUUUUAGCCGCCGGCGGUCUUCGUGGGAUGUACCGAGGAGUUGGUAGUACUCUAGCAGCUUCUGCUCCUGGAGCAGCUUUGUUUUUUGCUACCUAUGAUAUGGUUAAACGUCAUGGAUCACAAGUUCAAGAGACUUGGGGGGUUCCAGCAGCAGCUGUUCACAUGACUGCAGCAACUGUGGCGGAAGCCGCAGCUUGUUGUGUCCGGGUACCUGCUGAGGUUGUCAAACAACGUGCUCAAGUAGGUACAAGAUCCACAUGGGCCACAUUCCAAUGGACAUUACGUCAUCAAGGUGGAUUCCGUGGACUGUACCGUGGGUACGGCGCUACCUUGUUACGUGAAGUGCCGUUCACAGCGAUCCAAUUUGGAUUGUAUGAAGCACUUAGAGAAGCACGUGGUACACCUGCAGGUGUGGCGGGAGGUGUGGCGGGAGGUGCAGCAGCGUGGAUCACGUGCCCGUUAGAUGUGGUGAAGACACGUGUCAUGCUUGCAGGAGAUGCAAGCUCGGCGGCUGUUUGGAACAACGUGACCGAGCUGUGGGCGUCACGUGGCAUCCGGGCAUUUUUCGCAGGUGCUGUUCCAAGGACAUUAUGGAUUUCUGCUGGUGGAGCCGUUUUCCUUGGAGUAUAUGAUGCAGUGACAACCACUUUGAGAAAUGACACAAAACCUCUAUAG